UAUCUGAUCCACAACCAGUCUAUUUACAGCUUUCUAUAAAGAAAUGCACCAUUGUGUAUUGUUGCGGUACAUUUAGGUUAUGUGAAGGAAUAUGUUUAUUUAAUGUGGUGUUACUUUCUCAAUAUAUAAACAAAUUUGUUCAAAAUCAGCAGUUCGGUUUGUCUGUGAGCGCUUAUGGUAUCACGCAUGCGCACAUCAUCGCGCUUAAAAGCUUGUUAGCUCGAGAGGGCCGUCUUAUCUCUAUGGCAACGGGACAUCAAAACGCUUGCCAACAGCCGUACACAGGAUAUUGGUGGAGCCCAUAGGAUGGAGAAGCUCAAACCGUCAUCCAUAAGAGUUUUUAUCAACAACAUAGACUCAUACGCUUCUAAGUGCAUUGCCAAGCUCUUGUCAGAACGUGUGCUCGGAGCACCUGUUGAUCCCGAGGAGGAGGAGGGAGUCACUACAGAGCACAGCGGGGUCAGAACCUUUCACGUCGUUGGAACCGCUUCGGACAGGUCUGAGGACAGACCAUAUGUGCAGGAGGAGUAUUCAAAGCCCUUGAACAGAGAAGAUCUGCUCUCCAAACUGAUGGACUGUGAUGUUGUUAUCUACAACAUUACCCAGCAUGCUGAUCAGGUCGAAGAGGCUUUCUGGGCUGUUACAGCUCUCCACAAUGAAAUGGGCCAUUUUUCUGGACCAAAGAUGUUUAUUCUUGUCUCCACUGUGAUGACCUGGGCACACAGCAAGCCUGUCGAUCAUGAGGAUCCAGAUCUUCCUUUCACUGAUGAUCUGUUCUGGAGAAGAAGAGCACAUCCUCAUUUCAAACGAUACAUUGACCUGGAAAAAAGGGUCAGCAAAAUGGGUAAAACGAACAAGGCAUUGUUCUCGACGUACGUGGUGGCAUCAGGACUGCAGUACGGGAUGGGAGAGCAGAUCUUCCACUUCUUUUUCAAGACAUCAUGGCUGGGAAAAGAACAUGAAAUACCUGUCUUUGGAGAAGGCGACAAUAUAAUUCCCAUGAUUCACAUCAAUGACCUGGCAAGUGUGAUUCAGCAUGUGAUUGAACAUCAGCCUGAGCCAUACUACCUUCUCGCUGUGGACUAUUCCAACAAUACCAUGGAGGACAUUGUGAGGACAAUUUCCUCUGCGCUUGGACCUGGGAAGAUCCAGAAAAAGCCAUUUGAGGAAGCCUUCCUCAUACAGGACUUAAAUGUAAUGGAAAUUGAGUCCAUGCUGAUCAACCUUCGUAUGGAGAGUCUCUAUCUCAAUAAACUGUUCCCUAUCAACUGGUUGUGUGAGAAUGGUCUGGUGGAGAACAUAGAUUUGGUGGUAGAAGAAUACCGGCAGGCCAGAGGACUGCUGCCCAUCCGUCUGUGUGUACUGGGUCCUCCUGCGGUGGGGAAGAGCACAGUGUCCAAACAGCUCUGUGAACACUACAAACUCCAUUACAUCAGUGCUUUGAAGAAUGUUGAUCCAGAUGCAGAGAGUGAAGACUCCACAGCAGACGCCCAGAAGGUGCUAAACCACCCGAAUGGUAGCACGGAGCAGAAUGAAGGUCUUUUGGAUGACCAGCUAUUGGUGAAGGUGGUGAAGGAUAAGCUGAUGUCCAAACCAUGCAGAAACCAGGGUUUUGUCCUUGAUGGCUUCCCCAAAACAUAUGAACAAGCUAAAGAGCUUUUCUAUGCUGAAGAACAUGAAUCAAAAGAUGGAACGUCCCUGAUUUCUUCAUACAACGAGAGCAUUAUGCCAGAGUUUGUGCUUUGCCUUGAUUCGUCAGAUGCCUUCCUGAAGGAUCGGGUCAUGAAUUUGCCCGAGAGGCUGGUGCAGGACCACAACUAUGAGAUGGAGCACUUCCUUCGACAACUGGCCAUAUACAGAGAGAACAGCUUAGAAGAUGAAACUGUUGACAACUACUUUGAUGAGCUGGGCAUCACCCCUCUGUACCUGGAGAUCACCAGCAGCAGUGAAAAUGACUGCCUUCUUCUGAUGCAGAAGAUUUUUGACACAGUGGGCCAGCCAAAGAACUACAGCCCCAGCAGCCAGGAGGUGGAGGAAGAGGAGAGGAGGAAGGCUGAGAAGAGGAUGAGGAGCGAAGCCCAGGAGAAGGCUGAGGAGGACAGGAAGGAGGCAGAGGAGGACAGAUACAGGGCUGCAUGCUGGGAGGAGUGGUCCAAAGGUUUGGAGGUUAUGAGGAAGCAGGAGGAGGAGCUGCUGGAGGCCCAGUCUGUGCCUAUGAGGAACUACCUGAUGGAGCACAUCAUGCCCACUCUGACCCAGGGCCUGAUCGAAUGCUCCAAAGCCCAACCACAGGACCCCGUGGACUUCCUGGCCGAGUACUUGUUAAAGAACAGCCCCUGUAACUACUGAGAGUCGAGGUCACCCGGAUACAUUAUGUGAAUAAAAAAAAACAAAACUACAUAUAAAGUUAUUUUUUUCCUUCUAAUUUUCCUGAGCUCUUUAGUAAACUGUAUUAGCCAUUUAGGUUGAAAGUAUUAGUAUGCAGUAUUUCAGCCAGCACAUGCCAAGUGUCCUUCUGUUCAUGCUGGGACUUUGAUUAGGUCUGAUUUCUAAGUGGCCCAUUCUCCUGCCCCUGUUGUAUUUAGACACAGCUUUGUUUGGGCUCUUGUGUGCUGGCCGUUACUUAAUAGCACUCUCAAAAAGCAGAUGAAAGUGCAUAUGAAGCCAAAAGUUAAUUAGGAAGUUAAUUUGCGUAAUGAACUUGUUAAACUCCAAAGUAGGCAUUUUCGGGUCAUAAUUGCUGUGAUUUGGCUUCCGAUAUCCAGGAAGGAUAAAUGUUACAAAUGGUAGCUAAUUUUUGUAUCUCUCAUGUUACCACUUGCAGCUCCAAAGUGUACAUAAUGGGUUACAACUGAACACCAAAUUAUUUCACUGUACAUACUUAAUUACUACAUGGGGAAAUUAGUUGUGUUUAUUUAGAAAAUAUUGUGACGCAAGCUGCUGCAAGACACUUUGACUGCACCAUCUGUGAAUAUCAAGUACAAACACAACAUGGACUUUGGUGAAAGUGAGACUCCCAGAUUUUGAUAGUAAAUACAUACAUAUAUAAUAUUAUAUAUAUAUAUAUUUAUAU